GGCGGCACUUCCUGUGUUCACACGUGUGUAGUGGAGCUGCGGGCUCGGUUCCCGGAGUGUAGGCACCAUGAAGCCGAAAAGAAAUCGAAAGCAAGCUCCAAGCUUCCGCAAGCUCCUGAAGACCAGCAAGAUAAAGCUUGACAACAAGUUGAAGAACAAGCAGUUUAAGCAGGAGAGCUCAGCGAAGAAGCACAGGAAAGAGCAGAAGAAGCUCCGUGAAGCCGUGCGAGAUGUUGGCUCCAAAGCCCCUGUACCCCUGGAGAGGGUUAAGAGGAAACCGCCAGCAGUUAUUGAAGAUCAUGAAUUGGAGGAGGAAUCAAUGCCCCUGGACAUGAUAGAUGAAGAUGACUUACAGCUAAUGCGAGAAAUGGCUCAAAGAGCAUCCUUUGUAACCAGGGACCUCUCCUACAGCGAGCCAGUCCAUGCCGCAAAACGGAAAGGGGACAGUGUGAUGGAGAAGUACGAGAAGACGCCCAGACGAAUGAAAUUCGAACCUGAGAAAGAAGUUAUUCACCUCCUGCCUAUAAAAGAUAAAAGUGGCAUUAUCCCCCAGAGUAUGGAGAAGCCAGUUGUCCAGACCAAGGACCAGGAUGAGGAAGAGAUGGAAGCAGAAGAGCCUGAAGUGGUGCCUGCAGAGCCCGUGCGUGUACUCGGCACAGAGGAACUGAUUGAACACAGGAGAGCCACGCUGGAGCAGAAGAAAGUUCACAUUGCAUCCUUGGCCUCGGCUAUACUGGCAGAUCCAGAGAACAGUAUCAGAAAACUGAAGGAGCUGCGUGUCAUGGUGAUGGAACAGGACUCUACAGUAGCAGUGACGAUCCGGAAGCUCGUGCUGAUUUCAUUAAUGGAAAUAUUCAAGGAUAUCGUCCCUUCCUAUAAGAUUCGCCCCCUGACAGAAGACGAAAAGGCUUCUAGGGUCAAGAAAGACACUCAGAAACUCAGAGAAUUUGAAGAAGGUCUCGUCAGUCAGUACAAGUUUUAUCUGGAAAACCUGGAGCAAACAAUAAAAGAUUGGAAGCAAAUGAAAACCAAGAGGAACGAAGUGGUGUCGUUGAAGGCAUACCGAGGACUGGCGGAGGUGGCAGUGAUGUGCCUGUGUGAGCUCAUGCUCGCUCUCUCCCACUUCAACUUCCACAACAACAUCAUCGUCCUCAUCGUACCACUUAUUGACGACAAGUGCAAAAAGAUUGCCGAUAUCUGCACAGAAGCUGUAAAGAAACUUUUCCGGCAGGAUAAAUUGGGCCAUUCCUCUUUAGCAGCUGUAAAGAUAAUCUCUGGAUUGGUGAAGAGUAGAAAUUACUGUGUCCGCCCUGAGGUGCUCAACAUUUUGCUCUAUCUAAGAAUUAAAGAAGUUGAUGUGAAAAAAGAUGUAGAAGACAUCGCCCCUAAGCAAAAGCUGAUGACUUACAAAGACAAGAGGAAGAGUCUGUCAAGGAUGCAAAGAAAGUGGAAGAAAGCUGAGGAGAAGCUGGAGAGAGAACUGCUAGAAGCUGAAGCAUCAGAAAGCAAAGAGAAAAAACUGAAGCUGCAUACGGAAACACUGAACAUUGUUUUCUUAACCUACUUCAGAAUCCUAAAAAGAUCGCAGAAAUCUGUCCUCCUUCCUGCCGUCUUGGAAGGCCUGGCAAAGUUCGCUCAUCUAAUAAAUCUGGAAUUUUUUGAUGAUCUCCUUAUCGUGCUAAAUAAGCUCAUUGAAUCUGGUGAUCUCACCUACAGAGAGGGUCUUCACUGCGUGCAGACAGCAUUCAAUAUACUUUCUGGGCAAGGAGAUGUCCUCAAUAUUGAUCCUUUAAAUUUCUACACUCACCUCUACAAAACAUUGUUUGGCUUAAGUGCAGGGUCUGCAAAUGACGAUACCGUGAUCGCUCUUCAGUGUCUGGAGCUGAUGCUCACCAAGCGUAGGAAGCAAGUCUCCCCACAGAGGGCUCUGGCUUUCAUAAAGAGACUUUCUAUUUUGGCGCUACAUGUCCUACCCAACUCGUGCAUCGGCAUCAUGUCCACCAACAGGGGACUCCUGCAAACAUUCCCAAAGACUGACAUUCUGCUUGACAAUGAAUCUCAAGGCAGCGGCCUCUAUCUGCCGGAGCUUGAUGAGCCGGAGUAUUGUAACGCCCAGAAUUCCGCCCUAUGGGAGCUGCACAUGUUACAGAGACAUUAUCACCCUGUAGUCCGGGUUUUCGCUGCUCACCUUUGUGCUGGGGCACCCUCUGAAGGCUCAUCAGCUCUUGGAGCUUCAUUAAGCCGAAGAUCUGCUGUGGAAUUAUUUAGUGAUUACUCUAUAAAUGAAAUGAACUUCAAUCCACCAGUUCCUGAAACUUUUCCCAGAAAUAAGAAUAAAGGUAGAGCGUAUGUGCUUAGUGGAGACUUGCAGGAGAUGAUUGAGGCACAGCUUCGCAUGGUACCAUCGGCUGACCUGGACUUUGCAUCUCAAGUGAAAGCUUCAAGCUCAUGACGGUGGUUAGAAAAGUGACAAUGAACAUCUUAAGGACUUGCGGCUAUUUAUUGAGGACUGUAUUUUCCUGCUCCUUUGUAUAUACAGAGCUUCAAGCGUGCCAGAAAAACUGUGACAAAUAAAAGGUGUUUUUUAAAUCU